AUGGCUUUCUUGUUGUCACUAGGAGGUGUUGCUGUAGAUAGGAGAGGGAGUAAUUCAGGCUGUGAUGGCGGAGCGAUGGAUUUGGCAUUUGAAUACAUAAAAAGAAAUCAUGGUAUAGAUACUGAAGUUUCUUAUCCAUAUGAAGCAAAGAACGGUUUCUGCCGGUUUUCGAAGAAAAAUAUAGGAGCAACUCUGAGUAGCUGGGUUGAUAUUCCGGAGAAGGAUGAAGAGAAACUUAUGAAAGCUGUUGCGACUGUUGGACCUGUUUCAGUUGGUAUUAAUUCAGCAGGAUAUGGAUUUGAGGAAUACAAAAGUGGAAUUUAUGAUGUGAAGAACUGUAGCCCAAAGCUAAUAAAUCACGGAGUUUUAAUUGUUGGCUAUGGAACGGAAAAUGGAAAAGAUUACUGGAUCAUAAAAAAUAGCUGGGGAACUUCAUGGGGAGAAAAUGGUUACGUUCGUAUAGCCAGAAACAAGAACUUAUGCGGUAUCGCUGAAAUGGCCAGUUAUCCGGUAGUUUAGUCACGGAUCAGAAAAACUGAAUACGCAAAGCCAGUGGAGAGGAAAAAUAUUCUGAAGAAUGCUUCUGUGCGUAAAAUUUAAAAGCUUUGGAACCAACUUGAAAUACUGUUUUUGUAUGUACAGAAUAAGUUUCAAAUAUGUAAAUGCAUACAUUUAUAUCUUUUAUAUAUUUUGCUGUAUAUUUUAUAUAAUGAUAACUAUAGGUAUACAUUAUAUAUUUUUUUAUAGAGCAAAUAUAGCUAAACAUAGUUAUACAUUUUAAGUAGGAUUGAAAUACUUUCCAAAAAGAAGCUUCUUUAUUUAAAUAUUAAUUUUCUUACUUUGCAAUAAUUAUUAGACAAUUACUGCGUAUUUAAACCAUAUUAUUAUUUACUAUUUUAGGUAAACAUAAAUACAGCUAUUGCGUUGCAUGAGGUUAACUAGUCAGUCAUUAAGCGUUAAUAGGUAUAUAAGACGGUUCACCAUUCUUAGCGCUCACAAGCAUCAGAAAAAUUAUAAUUUAUUAGUACUCUAUAGAAGGAGCAAACUCAUUGAAUAUAUCAGCUCUUCAUAAGAUUUUAUAUUGGUUUCAUAAUGGCUUUAUUGGCAAAAAGGACUGGAAGGCUUUCUCUUUUUGAUGUAAGAAAACUGAUAAAACGAAUGUAACAAGUCCUCUUUUUGGUGUAAAAAAGUAAACAUUUUGUUGCAAUAAAGUAACUUAUUUUUGCAAGAGAAAAAUAUUAUAUUAAUAUUUUAUUUCCUGAAUCAAAUACUAUUAAUGUGUGCUAAAUUAUUUUAAUAUUUCGAAAUUUAAAUAUUAAUGAGUUUGUCUAAUAUUUUUA